UUAGAUUGAGUCGGUUAUGAAAACUAUAACAUUUAUUGCCAUAUCAAACCAGGAAUGCAUUGCAUUCAUGCAGUGGUUGGGAACUAAAACAGAAAUGGGGACAGAGGAGGUGUUGCCCAUGGCGACAGUCGGCAUAGAACCGCCACUGUUUGUAAACAGAAAAUGAAAAAGCAAACUUUAGAUGUUUCUAUUUUUUUUACUUUGAUUUUAGUCUAAAAACUAGAAAAUAAGAUGACUUAACGUCUGCAUGCAUCGAUUCCAUGUUUCCAAUGACAACAUCUUAUUAGAGGAAGCUGUUUGGAUCCAGCUGUGGUUUUCUGUUUAUAUGCAGGUAAGCUGCAGUGCUUUGGGGAAGAUAAAGGAGCAGAAACACAGAAGAUCAUUUAAAAUGGGAACCUAGAAAUGAAAACAUUUAGUUUCCUUAUUUCUUUUGGAUAAACGGAGUAAAAAGCUGCUGCGUUUCCUGCAGCAGCUGCCAGCCUCUGAAGGACGGAGCAGAGGCAGCUCUGAGCUCAGGCUUGGAUCAGGAGGGGGCGGAGAGAGACAGAGAGGGAGAGAGAGAGAAGGAGGGAGGCAGAGGGGAAGGAGAGAGAGCUGUGACAGCGCUCAUCAGCCUCUGAACAACCAGGACAGCUCGCAUCCCAGCGUUUGCUGUCAUUCGCAGACGGAGUUUACAGCCUUUGCGCCGCUUUUUUCUUUCGAUCCUUUUCCCGCUGCAGCCUCCUCCCGCCCUCUCCCGGUGCUGCCCAGCCCCAGCCAGCCGAAAAUGGUUUCUAUAAUUUCAGACCUGGACCCUCUGAAAAGCUGGAACGUGUUAAGGCAGGACGCCAGCGACCUCUCUGGAUCCCUCCAAAGUAACGGCACGGCCGGGAAGAUGAACGGGGCACUGGAGCAUUCGGAUCAGCCGGACCCGGACGCCAUCAAGAUGUUUGUGGGUCAGAUCCCGCGCUCCUGGUCGGAGAAGGAGCUGAAGGAGCUGUUUGAGCCGUACGGAGCCGUCUACCAGAUCAACAUCCUCCGAGACCGCAGCCAGAACCCUCCACAGAGCAAAGGCUGCUGUUUUGUCACGUUUUACACAAGGAAAGCUGCCCUUGAAGCCCAGAAUGCACUGCAUAACAUAAAGACCUUAACAGGGAUGCAUCACCCUAUUCAGAUGAAACCUGCAGACAGUGAGAAAUCUAAUGCUGUGGAAGACAGGAAGCUGUUCAUCGGCAUGGUUUCCAAGAAGUGCAACGAGAACGACAUCCGGGUCAUGUUCUCUGCGUUCGGACAGAUCGAGGAGUGCCGGAUCCUCCGGGGGCCCGACGGGCUCAGCAGAGGUUGUGCGUUUGUCACGUUUUCCACCAGAGCCAUGGCACAGAAUGCAAUCAAAGCCAUGCACCAGUCUCAGACCAUGGAGGGCUGUUCGUCUCCCAUCGUGGUGAAGUUCGCCGACACGCAGAAGGACAAGGAGCAGCGGCGUCUGCAGCAGCAGCUGGCGCAGCAGAUGCAGCAGCUUAACAGCGCCACCACCUGGGGGAGCCUGACGGGCCUGGGCGGCCUCACCCCGCAGUAUCUGGCUGUAAGAGUCGCCGCCGCCGCGUCGCCCGCCUCCAUCACCUCCUCCAUCACCCCCAACUGCAGCCCUGUGGCCAACGCAGCCACACUGCUGCAGCAGGCCGCCUCCUCCGGCAACCUGGGAGCCUUCAGCGGGAUCCAGCAGAUGGCCGGUAUGAGCGCUCUGCAGUUGCAGAACCUGGCCACUUUAGCGGCAGCGGCGGCAGCAGCUCAAAACUCAGCCAGCCCCUCCACCGCAAACCCCCUGUCCUCCAGCGCCGCCUCCCUGGGAGCGUUGGCCAGCCCAGCGGCAAUCCUGCUUUGUUGGCAACGCUUUGAUGAGCUGAAGGCAGGCACAACAGCCAGCUCCAACGCCGGUGCCAUGAACUCUCUGACCUCUCUGGGUACCCUGCAGGGCCUGGCAGGCGCCACUGUGGGCCUGAACAACAUCAAUGCACUAGCAGGUAGCAUCAACAUUGCUCAAAUGCUCUCAGGUAUGGCGGCUCUAAACGGAGGCCUGGGCGGCGCAGGGCUCACCAACGGCACGGCCGGCACCAUGGACGCGCUGACGCAGGCCUACUCAGGGAUCCAGCAGUACGCCGCCGCAGCGCUGCCCACCCUCUACAGCCAGUCCCUGCUGCAGCAGCAGGGGGCCGCCGGCAGCCAGAAGGAGGGUCCUGAAGGUGCCAACCUCUUCAUCUACCACCUGCCCCAGGAGUUUGGAGACCAGGACCUCCUGCAGAUGUUCAUGCCUUUUGGAAAUGUGGUGUCGGCCAAAGUCUUCAUCGACAAACAGACAAACCUUAGCAAAUGCUUCGGCUUCGUCAGCUACGACAAUCCGGUGUCGGCUCAGGCAGCCAUUCAGGCCAUGAACGGCUUCCAGAUCGGCAUGAAGCGGCUGAAGGUGCAGCUGAAGCGUUCGAAGAACGACAGCAAACCUUACUGAUCUUAGCACUAGGUCUAUCUGCUCCCCCAGUUAGCACUGCUAGGGUAAGUCCCCCUCCCCCCAUUUAAAAAAAAGAACAAAAGUGAUGGUUUAAAAAAAAAAAAAAAGUUCAACCGAGCCAUGGCCUCUGCACGGGGGAGGGCUGGGUUGAAAAGAGGGAUUGUGGGAGGUAGGAGGAGAUGAUCUACAACCACCUGAGGGAGACGCACUUUUUAUUAUUCUUGUUUUUUUUAAUCAUGUUUUUUUUGAAGAUUUUUAUGUAAGCCUUCAAUUUAUUAUUUAUUUAUUCCAGUUUUUGACACACAUGAACACUUCCAUUUCCACCAUUACUUUGUGCAAUCUAUUUUUCUUUCUUUUUACAAUGGAAGGAAGUUUCUCUUUAAAAAAAAAAUAAUUAUUUAAACGUUCGUUUUUUUCUGUUAAGAGAAUAAUUUAUACAUUUUUACAGACUAGUUUGAGACAAAGUCAGGAUUUAAACAAAGGAGCCAUGCUACCGUUUUUAUUUCAGUUAUUUUUUAGUGUCUUGUUUUGAACCCGAAGGCUGAUGAUGGGUUCAUUUUUCAGAUUUUUCUUUUUUAAACGCGCUCGCCAAUAUGCACAUUCGCCCUUUGACCUCCGCGGUGUUGGUUGCAGGCCGCCGCUGCUCGACGCCUGCUGGCAACCCGGGAGCAAAAGGCUGCAAAAACAUUCGUGGCCUCUUAACUGUAAAGUUUGCCUGCAGUAAAGUUAAACUCCACCACAAGAAGAUGAAAAUAAAUAUACUAAAUCCAGCUAAACAUUAUCUCUAAAUGUACAAAUACAGAUUUUUCUUAUUUCACAAGUUAAAAAAAAAAAAUAGUUCUUACUUUUCUGGGUCGGAUCACAUUGGUCUCUUAUGUGAAAAUGAUAUAACAGCAUGUAAAUUUUAAAAAAAGAAAUAUAAAACCUAGAAUUUGUGGAGAGACAAAGGUACUAGAAGAAGAAAGGAGGAGUUUCUGGGUUAAGGGGCUGGGGACUGAAAAUACUUGAGGUUUGUCGACAGAUUAAAAAUGAUCACUCAAAGUACAGUAAAGCCACAGGCCUGUAAAUUUUAUUUGUAAAAAAAGCAGCUCUAUUUUUAUACAACAUUUUUACUGCCUCAGACGAAUAAAAAAAAUGAUUUUAUUUAUUGCCUAUCGUAAGUUAUUGGACUCCUAUAAAGUAAACGGCGUUCGACUCGACCCUCUCCGCUGUUUUCUCCUUCUUUUGAUCCGUUCAUCAGAUGUUUUUAGUGCAGAAACCAGUUCUGCUGCCGGUCAGUCGUAGCCGCCCCAUCGUGUCGGCCUCUGUGACGCUCAUCCAUCUUUAUUUCCCCCACUUUUUUCUUCAUUUGUCCCGUUUCUAACUUCAAUUCUGUUGAAGUUGUUUUAAAAAGUCUUUUGUUCGUUUGUCCCCCCUCCUGUCGUAUGUAAAAAAAAAAAAUGAAAUUAGUAAUUAAAUGGUUAAAUCAUGGAAAUUGUAACCCCCACUCUUUUAAAAAAAAAAGAACCCUCCCCCAAACGUGGACAUCCAUCUUGGCGCUGAUGGAUUAGCUUUGGGUGCUCCAUGUUUCCUGUGUAUACGUCGAUGAGUGAAUGUUGCUCGUAUCUAUAGAUCUAUAAGAUUAAUGUCAGUUUAAUGGUUUGUGAGAAAUGCUAAUGAAACCAGUGUGUCGUGUUGCCGUUCUACCAGUUUGCAUUAUUGUUUGUUGGAUGUUUGUUGUUGUUUUUCAUUAAUUUUUUUUGAAGAUGAUGCUGUUGUGGUGUGUUGCUCUGGCUCUCUGUGUGUAACUAUCUCCUCUCCCGUUUUUUCUUUCCCCCUUUUAGAACAACCCAUCUCCAUGCCUGUUAGUUCAUCGUUUGCCUAGCAUGUCUUCGUGGCGUCCAAAAAAACAAACAAACAAAAAAAAAACUUUAAACAAACAAAAAAAAAACAAAAAAAGUGUCACGGUCCUCUUCCUCCUACCCCGUCAUUGUUUUCUCUGAUGUCUUUUCCGAGCUCACCUGAUCAUAACCUGGUUCUCCUCCUCCUCCACCGCUGCCUACUGAUCUUUUAAGCUUUUAGCUUUUUUGGACUUUUAAAUAUAAGUAAUUGUUUUCACUUUUGUGUUUUUAUUUUUUUAUUUUUUUAUUUUUUUGCAUGUGACCUCAUUUGGAUGUGUUUUUCUGGGCGGGUUUCAGGGAGGGAGAAAAUAAACAAAUGUGAAAAAGAUAUAAAGCUGCAUACGUAUAAAAUUAAACUCAAAAGACUGAGAUUUUUAUUGAACAAAUGUUUUUUUUUUUUAAGUAAAAAAAAAAAAGAAAACCUGUGGUAAAGUGAUUUCCAUUCAGUUUCUUUCCUUUGUUUUUCUUCUUUAUGCGAUUUUCUUCAUUUUAUGGUAAACUUGACAGGAAUUGCUGCGUCAUCUUGCUUCUGGUCGCCGGCGGAAACAGAAAACGAAGACGGCGCCAGAAGCAGUUGGCGGCAGUUUCUCUGAGAAAUAAGACUACUUCCACACAGUUUUGAAUAAAAACUGUCUGAUCCAAUAUUAGACUCUCUCUCAGAGCUCUCUAAUGGUUUUUACAUUUUUCAGGCAGUGUAAAGUUUUUUGAUAAGGCCAUUUUAAGUGGCUCAGUUUCUCAUUCAAAGUCUAUAUAUAGAACCACUUUUUUCUAGAGUAGUUUAAAGGUAAAAAAAUAAAAAUAAAAAAGACAUUUGCCCUGUUUGGGGGGGAGAAAUGCUACCUACUCGUGUCACCUUUUGCUGAACUGACUCACAGAUAGACAAUCCGUGGUUUUAAAUGCACAUGAUGAAAUUACCUAUAUUUUCUACUGUUUAAAUGUAUAGAGGAAAAAAAAAAAAAAACUACGAUACCUGUAACCCACGUUAACGUCGGUGCUUCUUGUGAGUUUAGUUGUGGUUUCAUCACCAGUCUGACGGUCUUAAAUGUCUCAUGUUUUCUCAAGAGAAGACUUUAAAAAAAAAUCAGUUUACUUGAACAAUAGACAAAGCCUUUCAUUUUACUAUAAUAGUUAUGUUUUGUUUUUUUUUAAGGAGUCCCUAUUUGCUAAAUCUGUUGUUGGUUAAUUAGCUAUAUAAAAUUCCUCAAAAAUAUAUAUAUAUAAAUACAAAUAUAUCUAUAAAUAUAUAUAUAUAUAUAUAUAUAUAAAAAUGUCAGCUCGUAAAGCAUCAAUGUCAUUAUUAUUUUAUUUCUCUCGUGGGAAACAAUAUUUAGAUGUGUUUUGUUGUUCAACAAAAUGUCUUAUAAGGAAAAAAAAGACCUGAUCAGUGGAGUUUAGUGCCAAAUUCUGAAGGUACUUCCUGCCUAGCGCGUCAGUGUAUUUCUUGUGAAAUAAUUUGAUAACAUGGGUAUUUUAUUAUAAGUGUUUUGAAUUGAUCCCUCAUAUUUAAAGUAUAGAUUUAAAGAAAAAAAAGAGUUUGUUAACUUGCUAUUCUGUGGUCUUGUUGCCUGACAAUGUCAUGUUUUGCUUUUUUUUUUUUCUUUGUAAAGAUGUAAAAAAAGUGCCCAUGUGUCAUAUAAAUAUAUAUAUAUAAAUAUAUCUAUACACACAUAUGCACACAUGGACACGCAAACACUUCUGUGCAGACCUCACAGUUUACUUUUUUUAAAUGUGCAUGAGAGCCCCUGAGCGCGAACGCCUCCUCAGGAACCGCCGGCCGGCGCGCGCACGCAAACAAUCAGCGUAGCGUUUUUAGCCGCCGUACAGCCGAUUCAAUCAUCAGAGCCUUACCACAAAUCUUUGCACUCCUCUCGUUUUAUUAGUAUCUCGCAGGGUCAGGCAUGUUUUCUUUUUCUCCAUCCCAGCUCGACAUAUUAAAGCGAGAGUCGUACGCUGAGCCUUAUUUCUUCAAACUCCUCGUCUUAUCCCUUAUUGUUAAGUUGAAAAACCUUUGAGCGGUUUGCAUCUGAUGGGGAGAAUCAUUACUGUUUAUCACCUCUGAGGAGCGAAUGCUUUCAUGAUGUAAGCACAGGGCAAGACCGGCUCGACAGUGUCGGUCUGCUUAGGAAAAAAGCACACGUCGGACGGCCGCCGUCGAGGCGGGACGCUCAGAAUCUGCUGCUCAACUCCUUUUUCUUUUGAGAUCAAUAGUCGUGAGUGUUGUCGCGCAAUGGGCCAAAACCGUGCAUAGAUGCCAAAGUUCGUUCUUGACAUUCACAUAGUCGAGCCGUUUACAUGGCACAGUGUUGUCAGUCUCUUCAACUGCCCCCCUCCCUCCCUGAAAGCCUCGUUUACGGUCUGCAAAAAAGACAAAAAAAAAAAAAGGCAGCAUUAUUUUCUACAGAAGUUCACCAGUCGCCUUAACCAGGGAGAGCCGUUCCAGUAUUAUAAGAGUAGAAGAUGUCGUCAGUCAGUGAUGUGUGCCAAGUCCAGGUUCAGUUCUGUGUGCCGUUAACCUCCCGUCUGUUUGGGUUUCAGUCCUCCUCCAUUUCACCCACAGAGCAGGAAGACGGAGCGUAAAAAUCGAAGGUUCGAAGGAUGCCGGGUUGUUGUCUCCCAGGCUAACUGAGGUUAUUAGAAACAGGGCCGCGUGGAGAGGCAUCUUAUUGGAAUAGCGACAGGGGAAAUAAAGAGCUUGUUGGCUUGAGAGGAAGAGGUCGCGUCUGCAGGUCCGCGCAGGAAAAAACAACAGCCUGAGCUGAGAUGAAGGAAGCACAGCUUUCAUUAGAUCCAGACCCAGACGUUAUUUUUCUGAUUGUGUGGAAGUUAGCCGGCAGGAUCUCUUCUUAAUGCAGCACACGUCGACAAACAGCCAUAACUGCACGUCUGAGAGCUGAACAGAACAAUUAAAGAUCCAACAGGCUGGACCUACAGUGGGGCCUGAAAAGUUUACACACCUCUACUCAGAUCCAGGUUUUUAUGUUGAAAUAAAACACAUUUCUGUACAAAAUGGAUGUUUAGUAUACUGCUCAACCUAUCUAAGCAAAAAUAUAAAAUGGAAAGGAAUCCUGCAAAGAUUAACGUUCUUCUGAUUGAACCCAAUAACAGCCUUUUUUAUGUUCGUUAAAUAUCAGAGGGUAGGAGAAUAUUUUGAAGCCAUUAAAGUUAGAAAUGGACCGAUUCAGAUUUUUUUAGGCCGAUGUUGAUACUGAUUAUCUGACAGCAGUCGAGAUUAUGUGCUGCCAAUUCUUUAUGCUGAUAUUGAUAAAUAAUACACGGGGUGGGAUUUACCAUUUGGCAAUACUAGGCAGUUGCCUAGGGCCCCAUAAAAGUUUGUUUACAUGUCUGGUUAAUACAACUAUUUCUUAUUUGUGCACAUUAAUUAUGUUUUUU